AUGUCAAACAUAGUAUGCCUUGGUCAAUUUGUGAUACCUAUACGUUCUCCUACCUCCGAAACCCUUCCCAAUCAGCCACAGCAAGCCUUCCUUCAGCAAGGGACAGCCCGAGUGCAUGUGUGGUGUGCCCCGAGACAAAUGGUUGGAGAUCUCAGUCAAGUUCAAAGCAAUUUCCUCGGUCCAAUGCUAGGUCCAGUGGGCAGCUGCUCAACACCAAUAACCAAAGAAGGAAUCAACUCAUCCAAACAGUCUCUGAUAAAGAUCCGGGCUUUUGUUAUUACUAAAAUCUGUAAGGAUCCUCAACUCAGGGGUUGCAUCUUUGGUCUCGCUUCGAACAAGGACUCCAUUUCAUCUGCUUUCUCAAAGGCACAAAUCACUCUCUCUCCCAUCUGGAACUACGAUCCUAGCCUCUUUUUCAAUAUCCCUCAAAUGUCUUUUACACCAACCCUCACUAGUACUCCAGUGAGGAUGAUUCUUCUCGCUCUACAAUUCCUGAAGAGAAACGAGUCUACCAAACGAAACACAAUUGAAGACCUGUGGAACCACCCCAUGAAUAGUUGGAUACGACGAUCUAGUAACCCUUCUGACCUACGACUUGAAGAAACAGACCAAUUUACUAGCCGAGGAUCCAUACUUGCUGAUGACAUGGGCUUAGGAAAAACGUUAACCAGCCUUGCGUUAGUUCUGGCAACCUCUAAUUUGGCAAAACGCUUCCAGACAAGCGGCUUCGGCAAUCAUCUACUUCAAUCUUCAGCCACUCUGAUUAUUUGUCCGUUAGCAACCUUGUCAAACUGGGAAAAUGAGAUCAAGAUCCACUUUUCCCAGGGAGCCUUAACUUACUGUGUCUUUCAUGGAAGAGAUCGAGGAAGAAUCGAUAGAGAACGUCUAUUGUCAUCACUUAUUGUCUUGACAACCUACGAGAUGGUUGGAACGUCUGGAAACCCACUGCAUACAAAUCAAAUCACAAUUGAAUCAUUGGAUAUCUGUUGGUUCAGAAUCGUGUUAGAUGAAGCUCAUAUGAUCCGCAAUCCAAAUGCCAACAGGACUUUAAACAUUCAAACGUUGAAAUCAAAGACACCAUUCCAAAACAGACUCACAGACGUGCAAAGUUUGAUAUUGCUCCUGAAGAUCUGGCCAUGGAAUAAGGAGUGGAUCUGGAAGAAGCACCUUAUACCUGGAAUGAACGUUGGAUCCCAAGAAGCAAUCACAACUUUGAACCUGUUGAUGGAAACCGUAUGCUUGAGGAGGACAAAGGACGUGCUCUUGAAUCUACCUUCCAAGGUAGAAAAAGUGGUAGUUUUAAGCUUGGGUGCACCAUGGGAUGCUCUCUUAACGGAAUUUCACCAAUCUUUCAUCCAGUGUUUUGGAAGACUUCGAAUAUCUGGCAAGGUGUGGGAUUCGACAGAAUUUUUCCGACAGCUCACCAUGAUACGGCAGUUCUGUAAUCAUCCAAUUUUUGCACGUAACGAAAUUCACUUUCCAUGGAGUUGGCGAUGGCAAGACUCUGCCAAAUUGGUUCACCUGGUGGAGAACCUGAAACGAUUCUUGCGGGGUGGAAGGGGGAUUGAAAGUCCCAAAGCAGUAGUAUUCUCAAUCUUUGUGGCGUUUCUUGAAAUGUGA